UUCCUCGCAGGCGCGCGCGGCUUUAUAACAGAUUUCUGUUAUUCACAAAAUCUAGUCUUCACCGAAAAAACUUUUAAAAUGAAAGACGUUAAAGGAUUUCUUUCUAAAAAGCAAAGCGAGGGAGGACCUCUAUCUUCGGAUUGGUCGGCUCUUGAAGAAUUAUACGAAAAAAGGCUUUGGCAUCAACUUACAGUCAAGCUUUUAACGUUUGUGAAACAUGAACAUUUUGAGAAAAAUGGUGGUCUUUUGGAGAUGUAUGAUUCUUUCCUCUCAGAUUUUGAACACAGAAUUAAUCCACUGAAGUCCAUGGAGAUCAUUCUAUUUGUCAUAAAGGAAUUUGAUGAUCCAGAGAAUGCAGUUGAGUUCCUGGACAAGCAGAGAGAGAAAGUUAAAAGUGAUCAAGAAGCUGAGAUCUUGUGCCUGACAGCGAUAGGAAUCAUUAGACUCAAGCAGAACAAACUAGAUGAGACAAAGACUAUUAUAGCAGAGGCAAGAGAGAUGUUGGACACAAUCGAUGGCGUCACUACAGUUCAUAGCAGGUUCUACAAGCUUUGUGCCAACUUUCACCAGAUCACUGGUUCAUACAAUGAUUAUUAUCGGGAUGCACUGCGCUACUUGGGUUGUGUGGAGCUUCAGGAGCUUCCAGACAGUGAGAAGGUCGAGAGGACACUUCAUCUGUCGCUAGCUGCUCUUCUUGGCAGUGAGGUCUACAAUUUUGGGGAAUUGCUCGCCCAUGACGUGCUAAAGUCUAUACAUGGUACUCAGCAUGGCUGGCUUGUCGAGCUACUCUAUGCCUUCAAUAGUGGGGACUUGGUGAAGUUUGAGCAUCUGCGACCGCACUGGCAGAAACAGCCUGACUUAAACAAAAACUACAAAAGUCUACGAGAGAAGAUCACCCUUCUCUGCCUUAUGGAGCUUACCUUCAAGCGCCCAUCCCACAACAGGAACCUAAAAUUUGAGGAAAUUGCAAAAGAAGCACAAAUACCUGAGAACGAGGUGGAACUUCUUGUGAUGAGAGCGCUUUCCCUGGGAUUGGUCAAAGGAUCAAUUGAUGAGGUGGACAAGGUUAUGCACAUGACAUGGGUCCAGCCCCGCGUACUGGACCUCAACCAGAUCGCCAACAUGAAAGAUCGCCUGUCUGACUGGUGCGAGAAGGUCAAGACUCAGGUUUACUCGGUAGAGGACCAGGUCCCGGAACUCAUCGUCUAGACUGACCCCCCCCCCCCCCCCCCUGACUACACCCACGGCUGGUCGGGACACUUUCUAGUGUGUGCAACAUUUAUGUGUCCUCAAUAGUGCCUCCUCGGUUGCUAAACUGGAAAACAUCACGGAAACACUUGCGCGUGUGUACUGUGCCUUAGAGACUUGUAGCCACGCCUUAGUUAUUGUUUUUACACAAUAUUGGAACAAACAUUUGUAGAAAUCUCGAAAAGUCCAUCUAAAAAGGUAUUAUUUCUUGCAUAAAACGUGCGAGCAAAGAAUAAAUGCCUGUGCUUUUUUACUCUGAAGUCUCGUGCAAGUAGCGCCAGCAUCGCCCAAAAUUGCUUACCGCCUCGCUCAGUCGAUUUGAUCACAAGACAAAACGAAUUACUUCGCAUAAAAGGUUAUACAUGCAUGAAACUUUAGAGACCAGGCUACGCAUUUACAUGACACGUGACGUUCUGUAAAAAGAAUGAGUGCAUGUGUAAAUAAAGAUUCCUCUUA